ACCCUGUUCCUCCCUGUGCAGACAUGUCUCCCUGGCUGUGACUCACUCGCUCUCUCUUUCCCUCUGGCUCUGGCCCUUUGCUGAUCUCUUGCAACGAGCACACACAGCAGCUCAGGGAAGGGAAAGGGCUCUCUCCGCUUUACGGCUGCUGAAAACCCUCCCUCCCCAGCCAGCUCAGUGCAGCCGCGCCGCGCCGCGCCCGGGCUCGCUCCUCUCCAAGAUUUCUCAGCUGAACAUUGGAAAUAGCUUUUGAUGGUUCUGGGCUUCUUUCAUUUGACCCAGGCAGAUUAAUCUAGAGAUCUGCUCUCAAGACUAGAAAUAUGCCUUCAUGAAAAGGUGUCUUGCGGUGACCCUUGCUGUCUUGGCUUUAAGGUAAAAAGAUGGCUUAUCGCAAAGUGAACGCAGACCAGAGAACACAGGGGCACUCUCAAUACCUUGACAACGAUGACCUCCAGGCCACCACAUUGGAACUAGAAUGGGACAUGGAAAAAGAGCUGGAGGAGCCUGGCUUUGACCAUUUCCAACUGGAUGGCACAGUUGAUCACCAUUCGGGAAAUUCACAAAACACCAACAUUGAUCUCGAGCCUAUUCAGCCCUCGGCAUCCCCUAAAGGAAGAUUUCAGCGACUUCAGGAAGACCCGGACUAUGUGUCACAUUAUACAAGACCAGCACCAAAGAGCAAGCGCUGCAACUUUUGUCGGAUAUUUAAACUAUUUUGCACUGUUUUGACUUUAUUUAUUUUUGGAAUUUUAAUAGGAUAUUAUGCACACAAAAAAUGUCCUCCUUCCCCCACGCCUUCAGAACCAAGUGACCCUCAUUUCUACCAUGAUAUUCUCAAGGAAAUCAAAGCUGAAAAUAUUCAGAAGAUUUUCAGAGAUUUGAUACAGUUGCCUAGGAAAGAAGAAGAUACAGACAUUGCAAUGAAACUUCUGGUUCAAUGGACGUCUUGUGGCCUUGAAGAUGUUCAGCUAGUAAAUUACUCUGUCUUGCUUGACCUGCCAGGCUCUUCUUCAAAUACAGUAACUUUGAAAAAUAGUGGUGAAUGCUUUUAUCCUAGUGGACAGAAGUGUUACAGGGAGACCAAAAAGCUUCACAGCCAAGACCUUCUGUACUCAUACGCCGCUUACUCUGCCAAAGGAACUCUCGAGGCAGAAGUAAUUGAUGUGCAGUAUGGGACUGUAGAAGAUUUAGUCCUGAUUCAAGCCAUGACAAAUGUGACCAAUAAAAUCGCACUUCUGAAGCUAGGACAAUCACCUUUACUCUAUAAGCUUUCUCUGUUAGAAGAGGCGGGGUUUGGAGGCGUCCUUCUUUAUGUUGAUCCUUGCGAUUUACCAAAGACUCAAAACCUUAGUGAUAAAGCAUUCAUGGUUUCCCUAAACAAUGGAGGAGACCCAUCGACACCUGGUUAUCCCAGUAUUGAAACUACAGACAGAACCGAUCGAACCUUACCUCACUGUUAGUGCAACCCAUAUCUGCACUGCUAGUCAAAAGACUUGUUUCUUUACCUGAGGACAGAAGCAAAAGUGAUGGGUGUAUCCCUCUCAAACUGGCUAUGACAGAAAAGAGAAUAAUCAGUCUAAAUGUUCAGACAGUCCCAACAUACAAGACAAUUUCUAAUGUUAUUGGGUAUUUAAAGGGAUCUACAUUUCCCGAUAGAUAUGUCAUAGUUGGUAGCCACCACAACAGUGUAUAUGGUUACAGUGGACAAGAAUGGGCCAGUAGCACUGCUGUCAUCACAGCAUUUAUACAAGCCUUGAUGCUAAAAGUUAAGAGAGGCUGGAGGCCUGAUCGGACCAUUGUUUUCUGCUCAUGGGGAGGAACAUCAUUUGGCAACAUUGGCUCAUAUGAAUGGGCAGAGGAUCUCAAGAAAGUUCUCCAGAGAAACGUUGUGGCUUAUGUUAGCCUCCAUAACCCAGUAAGAGGCAAUUCAAGUUUGCAUCCUGUAGCAUCGCCUUCCCUUCAGCAACUGGCAACAGAGAGACAGAGCCUCACCUGUCUGGGGAAAAUGAAGUGCCCAGGAUCCAAUGUGAGUUCUGUGCAAAUGCAGGGUGAUUCUGAUUAUUUCAUCAACCAUCUUGGGGUUCCCACUGUGCAGUUUUCUUAUGAAGACAUCAAAACAUUAGAGGUAAUUGUGAAUGGAAACAGACAACACAAUAAAAAAAUGCAGAAUCUGGUUUUACUCAGUGUGAUAUUCCAUGCCAAGUAG